AUGGAGGAAGAAAACCUAAAUAAUAUAAAUAGCAAACUAAAGUCCAAAUUAGCAUCAACAUUAAACAUUAACAAGAGCAAGAGACCUUUAGAUGAUUCAACAAAUUUGAACAAAAUGAGGAAAUUCCAAUCAUCAUCAAGAUUACCAAUCUCUUCUUCUAGCAAUCAUGAAGAGAUGAAUAGAUUUCGACAACUUAUAAAUGAUAAAACGUUAGAGAUAGAGAACAUUAAAAUUAAUUCAAUAAGUUUAAGAAAUGAAAUUGAACUGCAAAAUUUAGAAAAUUAUCGAAUUGAUUCAAAUUUUCAGAAUUUGGAAAUUACUUUAAAUGAUUUAAAUCUUAAAAUUAAUGAACUAAUGGGAUAUAAAGAACAAUCUUUAAUAUCAUUAAGUAAAAAAUAUGAAUUAGAACAAAAAAGAUUAAAUAUGAAUCAUCAGGAGAAAUUAAAUGAUAUUAAAGAAGAAAUUACCAAAAAAGUUGAUGACUUAUUAACCAAGAAACAAGAGAAGUAUGAAAAGGAGAUUAACGAGUUAACCAAAGAAAUUAAUGAAAUGAUGGAACUGAAGGUGAAGGUUGAAGCGGAUAUGGAUAAAAAAUUGAUAUUACUAAAAGAAAACCACCAUACGAAGGAAUCAUCAAUGAUUGGUGAAUUACAAGAUGAAUGUGAUAAAUCCAAAACGGAAAUUGAAACGAUUACGCAAGAGAUAAUUGUGAAAACUAAUCAGAUCGAUGAUAUAAAAUUGAAUAAAUUCACCCAAUUGGAAAAAGAGCAUGCACGAUUUAUGAAUCUUUUAGAACAAUUAAAAAUAAAAAAUAAUCAUAAACAAAAUGAAAUUGAUAAUCUAGAAAAUCAAAUACUGAAUAAAAAGUCAAAGGUAAAAUCAUUACAUCAAAGUUCAGAAGAGCGAUCGGAAGAAUUAAAACGUUUGAAUUUUGAAAUAGCUAGAAUGAAAUCCGAAUUAAUUAACCAAGAGACUAAAAGAAGAAAGCUUCAUGGGAAAUUGCAAGAUUUAAAAGGUAAUAUUAGAGUAUUUUGUCGUAUUAGAAAUGCAACUAGUUCAGAUUUGGUUAAAUAUCAAAUACCUCAAGAUAUAAAUGACGAAUCUAAGCAGGAUUUAUUAAUUACUAAAACUAAUAAUAAUAACAAUACCAAUAAUGCGACAUACCGUUUCCUGUUUGAUAAGAUAUUUCCACCUGAACAUACCAACGAUAUGAUCUUUGAUGAGCUAUCACAAUUAAUUCAAUGUUCAUUAGAUGGCACUAAUGUUUGUGUAUUUGCUUAUGGACAAACGGGUUCAGGUAAAACAUUCACAAUGUCACACCCUCAAAAUGGAAUGAUUCCUUUAUCAAUAAUGAAAAUUUUCCAAGAUAUUGACGAUUUAAAAGAGAAAGGUUGGAGUUAUUCCAUAUUUGGGAAAUUUAUUGAAAUUUACAAUGAAUCUAUUAUAGAUCUUUUAAACCCUACUAAUUCCAUGAAACAUGAAAUUAAACACGAUGAUUCAGUUAAUAAAACUACAGUGACAAAUAUAACCACUAUUGAAAUAACGUCACCUAAUCAAGCACAUGAAAUAUUAACAAUGGCAAACAAGAAAAGAAGUACAGCAGCUACUAAAUCAAAUGAUCAUUCAUCAAGAUCACAUUCAAUUUUCAUAAUUGAACUUCAGGGAGAUAAUUCCAUAACUGGUGAAUCAAGUAAUGGAAUAUUAAAUUUAAUUGAUUUAGCCGGGAUCUGA